UCUGAACGGCAGAGGGCGGUAGUGAGAGCAGACGAUAUUAAAAUUUGUCGCGUCGUCUGCCAUUUUCUGUCAUCUGUGUGAAUCAUUUUGCUAACAGCGACAGAUUUUACCUAGAUUGCACAUUUUACAUCGUCCUCUCUCCACUUUGGAACAGCUGGUAUUCAGGGAACUGUUUAUUCUGUCAUGGAAAAGGCUGGUAAGCUAUGGGGUGGCCGUUUCACUGGCUCAACCGACCCUGUCAUGGAGAAAUUCAACGCCUCCAUCGGCUUUGACCAACGCAUGUGGAAAGCUGACAUUGAGGGCAGCCAAGCCUACGUCAGGGCCAUAGAGAAAGUGGGUCUCGUCACAAUGGAAGAAAUGAAAGCUAUAUAUGAAGGACUGGGGAAGGUAGCAGAAGAAUGGCAGUCGGGAACUUUUAAGAUCAUUCCAGGAGUGGACGAGGAUAUCCACACAGCCAACGAGCGUCGCCUUAAGGAGCUGAUAGGCCCCACGGCAGGGAAGCUGCACACAGGACGCAGUAGGAAUGACCAGUGUGCCACUGACAUGCGCAUCUGGCUGCGAGAUGAGAUUGUCCCGUUGCGUCAGCAUCUUCUAGACCUUAUCACUGUCAUUGUCAACAGGGCCAAGACGGAAGUUGAUGUUCUUAUGCCAGGCUACACACACUUGCAGAGAGCUCAGCCCAUUAGAUGGAGUCAUUGGCUUUUGAGCUAUGCCUGGAUGUUUCAGAGAGAUAUGCAGCGACUGCAGGAACUCACAGCAAGAGUCAACGUGAACCCACUCGGCUGUGGUGCACUUGCUGGCAAUCCUUUCAAUGUUGACAGAGAUUUUCUGUCUCAAGAACUCAACUUUGGCGCUGUGGCCGGUAACAGCCUUGAUGGUACAGCAGGGAGGGACUACGUUGCAGAGUUCCUGUUCUGGUCCUCCAUGACCAUGGUGCACAUGAGCAAGCUAGCUGAAGACCUGCUGCUCUACAGCACCAAGGAGUAUAGCUUUGUGCAAAUUGCCGAUGCUUAUAGCACUGGCAGCAGCCUGAUGCCACAGAAGAAAAAUGCCGACAGUUUGGAAUUGAUCAGGGGCAAGAGUGGACGAGUGUUUGGCAAGUGUGCAGGAUUCCUGAUGACAAUGAAGGGAUUACCGAGCACCUACAACAAGGACCUACAGGAGGACAAAGAAGCAUUGUUUGAUGCUUACGACACACUGACAGGCGUGCUGCAAGUUGCAACAGGUGUAGUUUCCACACUGACCAUCAACACUGAGUCGAUGAGGAAAGCACUCAGCCCUGACAUGCUUGCCACUGACCUGGCCUACUACUUGGUCCGCAAAGGUAUUCCAUUCCGUGAAGCCCAUGGGUUGUCCGGCGGUGUGGUAGCUCUGGCAGAGAAGAAGCAGUGUUCACUGACUGAGCUCACUGUGGCCGAUCUCAAGACAGUCAGUCCCGCUUUUGAAGAAGACAUCAGCGCCGUGUGGAACUAUGAGAACAGCGUGGAGCAGUACACCAGCACGGGAGGCACUAGCAAGCAAGCUGUUAUGAAACAAGUGCAGCAAUUGGAGGAGUGGUUGGCUUCACUGGCUUAGAGCCAAUAAUCAGCCAAUAAGAUUCCAUGUUCUUGGACAAUAGGGCAGGGUAGCACAAAGGAUU